GGAUAAGAGUGUGCAGGGAUCCUUUCGGUCGCUGAGGAGCGGUGGUGUGGGCGACACGUCGACGUCAUUACUGAUUUUUGCAUCAUGGAAGCCGUUUCGUUGAGCACCUGACACGUGGCAGGACGCGUGGCUGGAGAGUUGUGUGUGGGAAUUGGACGUGACACGUGGCCGGGCACCUGGCGGCGACAGGACACCUGGGCGGGACUUUUGGGGGGACACGUGGAGCGAGACUGGCGGGACACGUGGCGAGGGACAGCAAGAAGCACGUGACGAAAAAGACACCUGAGACGUCGUGGCACACUCUGCGCGCUAGACGUGGGAGAGGCACAAGCGCAAUUCUUUCACUGCAGGACAGUAAACACGUCACGCGACAGCGCGGCAGAUGUGUUGUGCCGUGGAACCUAGCGACACGUGGGUUGUCUAACACGUGGCACGCUGUGUGGAUGACACGUGGCAGACGUGUGUGCCUUGGCAACCGACGCGUGGCGAGAGAGUGGCUCGUUGCACGCGUGCUUGCAUGACUCGUGGCAGACUUCGGUACCUUUGACAUCUAGCACGUGGAGCGCACGUGGCACGCGUCGCAUAACUCGUGGGAGCGCACGUGGCACGCGUCGCAUAACUCGUGGCAGACGUCCGUGCCGCGGCACCUGACACAUUGCGACAGUGUGCCACGUGGCACGCGAGCUUGCAUGUCUCGUGUGGCAUACGUAGCGUGAGCGUGACACGUGGCACGCGUGCUUGCAUGGUGCAUGACGGCUAAGAAAAACAGGUGACGUGAUUUGUGGUCGUGGACGUGCAUGCAUUGUUUUUUGUUGGGGAGGCGGGCACCGUCACAGUGUGACACGUGGCGUGACACGUGGUGUCGUUGGCGGACCACGUGGCGGGACCGACGAUUGACGUGGCAAGAUGUCGCAGUUUGAGUACAGCCAUGACUCCGCGGCAUCACCUUUCGGUUCGUUUUGGAAGUUCCAGAGCAAUGCGGGUGGUUAUGGAGGAGGAGGAAGCGGAGGAGGAGGAGGGGGGGGGGUAGGUGAUUUGUGGCCAUCGCCGUCGUUCACGUCGUCUUCUUCUUCCUCCGCCUCCGCUGCACGUGGAGGCCGACGUGGAAGCGGCGUGGUGGGGACAAGGCUGGCAAGAGCGACGAGCGCUCUCGAUGGCGCGCCACCUGUCGCACACGAUCCCGACCAGACUCUCGGCGGCUACAUUCUGAGCCUACUUGGCAGGAUGCUCUACUCUCACUGGGGUGGGGGAGGCGGAGGGAGGGCGGGAGCUCCUCCUCCUCCUCCUCCUCCUCCUCCUCCGCGGACGGGGGCCCCGCCGUAUCGUCGGACGACUGGGGGCAAUCUGCGCGGUCCCGGCGAACAAGGAGAAGGAGGUGGUUAUGCCGUCGGGACACCGAUGAGCCGGGUGCAGUGGCGAGAUCAGCUUCGGAGAAGCGGCGCGCGUGUAAAGCUAAUGCAGACAGGGGAUUUCCCCGAUCAGAAGACAGGUGAAGCAUCUCUGCCAGCAGGAUUGAAUCUAGGGAUGGGAGCGAAUUUCGAUCUCGACACACAGACGAUAGAGCCUCGCCUUCGCGUGCGGGCGCGGUACGUUGCCCUCCGGGUGCUGCCAAUUCCAGAGAUGGAGCUGCGCGCCAAGUGGGCCCUUGGAACUACCAACCUGGCAGUUGAUAUUCGGUACUCGGUCCCUGUGGAACACGUGGCACAUUUCUGGGAAUCGCCUGCACGGCUGUCGAUCGCGUUGUUCAAUCCGAUGGGCACAGGAGUGCACCUCACUCCCAAUGGGGUCGAAUUUGAUGAGCAUGUUUUGCAUCUGGGAAGGCAUACCAACAUGCGGGUGGCAGCAACACUUCAAUUUCCGAGGAGGUUUCCACUCGAGCAAGGAGAUGAGCCUUUCCAUCUGUGUGUUAGGCGCCUUGGACUACGAACAAGGAUAGCAUGAAGCCUCAGUGGUCUGGAGGUCCUGCAGAGGCAUAUUCAUCCAUGCAAGAAGUGCCAAGAGGAGUUCUUAAAGCUCAGUAAACUGGUCGCAAAUGA